GGGCGGGCCCUCCCUACCGAAGACUACAUUUCCCACAGGCCUUUGCUCCUUGUUGCCUUCCGGCUUUCUAACUGGUGUCGGCUUGGAGAGAUCUGGCUUAUCAGGGCUUUGCAGUUCCCCAACAGAGAAAUCUUAAAAAGGACUGACCAGUUCUUACAUUUUGAAACCAUGGCCCAUACCCUGCUUGUUCACUCCAUCCCUGAGUGCAACCCCUGUGUGGCCCUGCGUGAUGUGUGGUGUUCUCCUCCCCUAGGCUGUGGUGACAACCAAAUUGUCUCCAGACAUGGCCAGAUGUCUUCUGCAGAGUAAAAGCACUCCUUGUUGAAAACCACUGGUCCAAAGUGACAUCAUCAUGGGUUCAGUGACAUUCAGGGACGUGGCCAUAGACUUCUCACAGGAAGAAUGGGAAUUCCUGGACUCAGCUCAGAGGGACUUAUAUAGGGAUGUGAUGUGGGAGAAUUACAGCAAUUUCAUCUCACUAGCAGAACCUUCCAUUUCUAAACCAGAUGUGAUUACUUUACUGGAUGAAGGGAAGGAACCCUGGAUGGUUGUAAGGGAAGGGACCAGAAGACACUGCUCUGAUUUGGAGUCCAGAUACAGGACCAAUACUUUAUCUCCAGAAAAGGACAUUUAUGAAAUAUAUUCAUUCCAGUGGGAGAUAAUGGAAAGAAUUAAAAGCUAUAAUCUUCAGGACUCCAUUUUUAGAAAUGAUUGGGAAUGCAAAGGCAAGAGUGAGGAGCAAAAAGAAUCACAGGGGCGAUAUUUUGGGCAAGUGAAAAUUACUUCUGAAAAAAUGACCACUUACAAAAAGCACAAUUUUCUUGCUGAAUAUCAGAGAGUUCAUAAUGGAGAAAAGUUAUAUGAAUGUAAGGAAUGUAGGAAGACCUUUAUUCGUCGCUCAACACUUAGUCAACACCUGAGAAUUCAUACUGGUGAGAAACCUUAUAAAUGUAAGGAAUGUGGGCAGGCAUUUAGACAGCGAGCACACCUUAUUCGACAUCACAAACUUCAUACUGGUGAGAAGCCCUAUGAAUGUAAGGAAUGUGGGAAGGCUUUUACAGUGCUCCAAGAACUUACUCAACAUCAGAGACUUCAUACUGGUGAAAAGCCCUAUGAAUGUAAGGAAUGUGGAAAGGCCUUCAGAGUCCAUCAGCAACUUGCUCGACAUCAGAGAAUUCACACUGGUGAGAAACCCUAUGAAUGUAAGGCAUGUGGGAAGACCUUCAGGCAGUGUACACACCUUACUCGACAUCAGAGACUUCAUACUGCUGAGAAACUCUAUGAGUGUAAGGAAUGUGGGAAGGCCUUUGUAUGUGGUCCAGACCUUAGAGUACAUCAGAAAAUUCAUUUUGGUGAGAAACCUUAUGAAUGUAAGGAAUGUGGAAAGGCUUUUAGAAUAUGCCAACAACUUACGGUCCAUCAGAGUAUUCAUACUGGUGAGAAACCCUAUGAAUGUAAGGAAUGUGGGAAGACUUUUAGAUUAAGGCAACAACUUGUUCGCCAUCAGAGAAUCCAUACUCGUGAGAAACCCUAUGAAUGUAUGGAAUGCUGGAAGACCUUUAGUAGUUACUCACAACUUAUUUCACAUCAGAGCAUUCAUAUUGGUGAAAGACCUUAUGAAUGUGAAGAAUGUGGGAAGGCCUUUAGAUUGCUCUCACAACUUACCCAGCAUCAGAGUAUUCAUACUGGUGAGAAACCUUAUGAAUGUAAGGAAUGUAGGAAACCUUUUAGACUGCUCUCACAACUUACUCAGCAUCAGAGUAUUCAUACUGGUGAGAAACCUUAUGAAUGUAAGGAAUGUGGUAAGGCUUUUAGACUUUAUUCAUUCCUUACUCAACACCAGAGAAUUCAUACUGGGGAGAAACCCUACAAAUGUAAAGAAUGUAAAAAGGCCUUUAGGCAACAUUCACAUCUUACUCAACAUCAGAAAAUUCAUAAUGGAGUUUAAUACAAGAAAGCUUUCAAUUGUACAUUAUGUUACAGGAUCUCUAAAUCAUUUUUGAGAAAUUUGCUUCAUGACUCAGCUAAGCAUAAGAAAUUUUAUAUUACUGAAAAAAAUAUGUUGCUUUAAAAGCCUUCUAUGACCAAACAUUGUUUAUCUUCAACAAAUUGGUAUGAGGGAACAAUACAAUGAAUGUAGGAAAAUCUUCAGCCUUAUCUAUCAUUAUCCCCAUUUCCCUCCUUUAUUACCAGUGUAUUAUUGUACAAGGUACUUAAACUUCUGUGCCUCAUUUUGCUCACUUAUAAAAUGGUGAUAAUAGUACCUAUGUAUAUUAGUUAUUUAUUGCUCUGUAAUAAAUUGCCACAAACUUAGUAGCUUAAAAUAAUACACAUUAUCUCACAAUCUCUAUGGGUCAGGUGUCUGGGCAAAACUUUGGUGGGUCCUCUGCUUCAUGGUCUCUCAAAAAGCUAAACUAAAGGUUUUAGCCAGGGUGGGGUCUCAUCUGAAGGCUCAACAGGGGAAGGAAUCCAUUUCCAAACUCACAUGGCUUUUGGUUUCUAGCUGGUUGAAGGCUGACCUUAGUUCCUUGCCACAUCAACUUCUUCAACAUGACUGCUUAUUAAGUGUGCAAGCUAAGAGUGUAGUAGUCUACUAGCAUCAUAGAAGCAGUAAUCUUCUGUGACCUAAUCACCAAAAUAAUACCUUUUAGUCACCUUUGCUGUCUUCUACAGGUUAGAAGUAAGUUACUGUGUCACCCCACAUUCAAAGGUAGAGGAUUACACAAGAAUAUGAAUACCAGGCUGUAGGGACCAUUUCAGAGUCAGCCUGCCACACUGUGUAAUAGAAUUGUCUUAAGGAUUAAGUAGUUAAUGCUUGGAAAAAUAGCUACAUAGCAUGUUUUCUGUAAAUAUUACCUACAAUUGUUAUCAUUAGUAUUAGUGAAUUCAUAUAAAAGGAAUUUACUGUAGAAAAUGUGGAAAUACCUCACGUCAUUGCUCAGCACUUACUAAACUUAAAAGAUAAUUUAUUCCAGAUAAAAUCUAGGAAGUUAUAUUGAAUGCAAGGAUUUCAUCAUUUGAGCCGCAUCUGUCAUUUCAUGCUGAAAAGAAACCUUACAAAUUUCAUGAAUGUGAGGUUAAGCAUACAAAAAUUAAAGAAUCAGAAAAAUAUGAAAUUAUUUUCCCGUAAUAAAUUCCAAAAAGUAAAUGUUUUGGAAUUCCUGUUGUCUGACCACUGUUAAAGAUUAAUUAGAAACAUCAAAAAGAUGGCAGAAACUAACCAGUUGGAAAUUUAAUAUUGUGUGUAUAUGUGCACCUGUGUGUGUAUGUUUGUAUGUAAAAAUCAUAUAAAAGAAAGAUCAUUCCAUUACAGGCAGUUACGGUUUGUUGCUCAAAUUGCCCCAUCAUCAACCAGUGGGAGUUGAGUUGUUUGCCAUGACCCCACUUGAAGUUUGAUAGUUUACUUGGUUACAGCUGCACUGUUUGGUCAGCAAUCAAAGAUGUUUGGGCACCAACUCAUUCUGAAAAUUGAUAAGGGGUAAAAUAAGCAUUUAUUUUGCUUUUUCCAUGUGAACCAACUUUCAGGGCCACCAAAAGCUCCUCAAAUUAAAACGUUUUUGUUUUGUUUCAUUUCUAAGAAAUCAGUAAAUUCAGAAUGAAUGAUAGGAUCAGAAAAAUUACUGUUUUCUAGUUCCCUAAUGGAAUAAUGGGUCCAGAAAAUUAUCUUUGGUGGAUAUUAAAACUAUUGGGUGAAAUAUUUUAUAGUUAGAACUUUACAGUGGAUUUAUCAAGCUGACCAUCUCUGAAUCCUUUGAUCAAUUUUAACCUCUAUAAAAGUGGGACUAUCAGAUAAUAUCCACAUCCUGAUAAAAUGCAAUAGGAAAUACCACUGCCUACGAAGCCUUACUGCCAAAACAGUGAACUGAAGGAAGCAAGCCUUUGAAUCAAACUCUUUAAAAAUGAGAAUUUGGGGGAUAGAGGAACAGAGUUAAUGGCACCAAAAGGAAGUAGCCAAGCAGAUCCAGAAUGUGUAAAAUUCUACAAAACAAGUGACCCUGAUUUCUUCAACUAAGUGGCAUGAAAAAGAAAAGGGGAAGAGCAACAGUUACAGAUUGAGAGACUACAGAGAUCUAUCAACUAAAUUCAGUAUGUGGGCAUUGCUUGGACCUAAUUUGAACAACAUGUAAAAAGACAUUUUGGAGACAGUGGGGAAAAUGUGGAUGUGCUUUGAGUAUUAGUUGAUAUUUAGAAAUACUAAUUUUGUUAGGGAUGAUAAUAUCAGUGUGGUUAAAAGAGAAGAGGUUCUAUGUGUUAAGAGAUACAUAUAUAUUUAAGAAAUGGUAAGACACCAGAUUUGCAUUUGAAUUCUCCAGGAAAAGAAAAAAGAAUUGGCAAAGAGAGCUGGGAAGUAGAUUGGCAAAAUGUUGAUAAUUAUUGAAGCAGAGUGGUUUGUAUUGGGUUUUUUGUUUUUUGGGGGAGUUCAUUGUUCUAGUAGUUCUACUUUACAAGUUUGAAAGUUUCAGUAAUAAAAUGUUUAAGAUCAAAACUGAAAUUUAUAGCCUGCUUAGAAAUGAUUGUUAAUGAGAUGUGUGCAUCUAAACUUGUCAGAUGUCAUCAAAGUUCUGUUCUGUGAGAAAUUUGUCCCCUUUAAUGCAUUGUAAGGAAGUUUCAUUUGUGGACCUAGUCUUCAUCUUCACCUUAUCCAUAGCAGUCGACAGGGCCUGUCACAUAAAUACAUGUAUUAAGGGAGAGUGAAUACUUAAUGUCAAAAAACCAGACACAGAACAGAAUAAAACCUACAAAAGAGAAGCAAAGCACAACUAAAAACAGAAAUUAAGGACUAGACAGUAGUAGAUCUAAUCCAGUACUAAUAAUGAUUAGAUUUUGGGAAAUCUAAUCAAGAAGAAGAAAAUGAAAGAUAAUGCAUUUAGAACAUUGACCAUGAUAAAGAUGAUGUAGCUACAGAUUAUCUAAAGUUUUAAUUGCAAUGUAAUACUGUAUCUGUAUUGAUAUCUAUAUCUAUAUAGAGAUAUAUAUAUAUAUAUGCUAUAUGUAUUCCAAUACCUAAAAUAUAGGGGGUUACUUUUUUCUGUAGGAAUACUUUAUGACAAUAGACUCAAAUAGACCCAAAAAGCAAAUGUGUGUCUGUAUAUGAACUCCCUGCUUAAAAAGUUUGAUAGUUGUGCAGGUAAAAGCUUUAAGAAAUAGAUAAUCCUUCACAAAAUUCUACCAGUUAAUUCUGCACUGCUAAAAUAAUCCUGAUACAAACCUAAGUGAAGAUAGCUCCUAAAAAGCAAAAUCUAGACCAGCUUCAUUCAUCUUAAUUCUAAAUAAGAUAUAUUUAGAAUUACAAAAUCAGUCUUCACUAAUAGAGCCAUGUAUUUGCCUUUCCCAAGUCUCAGAUAUCUCCAGAAGAGCUGUGUUUAACAGAGUGUAAGGCCUUAACCCAAUGUUCUCCACAAAUUUGUUUUGGGGUAUUCUAGUCCUUGAUGAUAUUUGGGGGAAAGAAAGAUUUCUCGGGGAAAUGUGUAAAUGCAACAAAGCAUUUGCUUGUGGAAAAUCCAAGUACACACCAGCUUGUCAAAAGAUACAGUAAAGAGUUUUUUUU